CAAGAUGGCUGCCCACGUAUGUAAACAUGCGACUUAAUCUGGCAGCUAGUGGCGUUCAAGUUAAAACUGUUCAGUAACACAUAUUCAUCCCAGGGAUUCGUGUGAUACAGAGUAGUUUGAUAUUAACUUCCAAUGCUGGAUUGUUAACAAAUUAGCCUUCCGUUUGUGAGUUAUUACCGAGCUCGAAAGUUUGACGUUAGCGAGCUAACGUUAAGUUAGCUAGGCAGCAGACAGCCAUGCAAGCACAAACCAUAUUCGUUCGUUCUCUACCAGCUUCAGCUUCAAACGAACGCUUAGAGGAAAUAUUCUCUGAAAUUGGUCCGAUAAAGCAGUGCUUCGUGGUCAGAGAGAAAGGUACAGAAACAUGUCGGGGAUUUGGUUAUGUCACCUAUUCCAUGCUGGAGGAUGCACAGCGAGCCUUGAAAGAAAUAAAAGAGUACGACGGGCAGAGGCUUUUCCUGUCGGUGGCGAAGAAGAAGCUAAAAGACAAAAGGAAAAGAGCUCCUGAUGAGCCAGCUGCAGCACCAAAAGAAAAUGAGCUAAAGAACAAAGGCUUCAGGAAACAUCAGAUGAAAGCUAGACUCAUCAUAAGGAACCUCAGUUUUAAGUGCUCCGAAGAUGAUCUGAAGCAAGUUUGUGCCAGUUUUGGAACAGUUCUUGAGGCCAAAAUUCCCCUCAAACCUGAUGGGAAGAUGCGAGGAUUCGCAUUUGUCAUGUUUAAAACUGUGUCUCAGGCUGCGAGAGCACUUAAUGCUCUCAACCUGAAGGAGAUAAAAGGUCGGCAGGUAGCAGUUGACUGGGCUGUGGCUAAGCACCAGUAUAUUGCCACACAGCCGUCCUCAAGUGCAGAAAAUGAGAAGGAGGCAAAUGCGAAAGAGUCAGACACAGAGAGUGAUGAAGACGAUGAGGAUGAAGAAGAGACACGAGCAGCACCCCAGAAGAAAAAAGUCACCUCCAAACAAACUGUGCAGCAGGUGGAGGAAUCCCAAUCAGAUGAUGAAGAUGAUAGUGUGGAACAAGACAGUGAGGAGGACGACGACGAUGAUGAUCAAGAAGAAGAAGAUGAUGAUGAUGAUAAGAGUGGCCUCGAUUCAAAUGAUGAUCAAGAUGAGAGUCAGGAUGAGGACGAUGAAGAGGAGGAUGAGGACGACGAAGAGGAUGAAUCAGCUCAAAAGAAAGCUUCAAAGAAACUUCUCCCUUCGGAUGUGAACGAGGGCAGAACAGUUUUCAUCAGGAACCUGUCCUUUGACACGGAGGAAGAGGGUCUUGAGGAAGUUCUCCUACGAUACGGAGAGCUUAAGUACAUAAAGAUCGUUCUCCACCCAGACACAGAACAUUCAAAAGGUUGUGCAUUUGCUCAAUUCAAGACGAAAGAGGCUGCAGACAGAUGCUUGGCUGCAGCACAGGAUGAAUCAGAGAGUGGUGGCAUCCGUGUAGAUGGCAGAAAGCUGUUGAUCGUGGCAGCAGUGAGCAGAGAAGAUGCUUCCAAGCUGAAAGUGAACAAGGUGAAAGUCGAAACGGGCACCAGGAACCUGUACCUGGCCCGAGAAGGAAUGGUCCGUGCUGGAACCAAGGCUGCAGAGGGAGUGCCUGAAGCAGACAUGGUCAAAAGAACCAGAUUUGAAGAAAUAAAGAGAGGCAAGCUUCGGGACAUAAAUGUGUUUGUAUCAAAGACUCGUCUGUGUGUUCAUAACCUGCCCAAGUCAGUGGACAACAAAAAACUCAAAGCACUCUGCCUCCAAGCAAUAAAGGAGAACAAGGGAGUCCGCAUCAAAGAGUGUCGGGUGAUGUAUGACAAGAAGCCAGAGAAGGGUCAGGUGAUGGGACAGUCGUUAGGCUAUGGCUUUGUUGAGUUCCAGAGCCACGAACAUGCUCUCUGCACACUUCGUUACCUUAACAACAACCCCAACAUCUUUGGCUCACACAAGAGACCGAUCGUUGAGUUCUCCCUGGAGGAUUCAAGGAAACUCAAAAUGAGAGAAAUGCGACAACAAAAAAACAAGGAGUUUUUACGAAAUCAGCCUUUUAAAGGAGGAGCGAAAACUCAGUCCCAGACAGUCGGAGAUGGAAAAGGACCAAGGAAAGAUGGAAGUCAAGCACAGUCCUCAUCAAAGCAGGCAGGAAAGGAGAGAGCUCCUCCUCAGCAGCAGAGGAAAGACAGGCGCUUUUCUGGCUUCCAGACCAAACCGGAGGUCGAGCAUGUAGAUUUGGAGAACGGACAGAAACGGAGAAAGGUUCUAGCUUUGCCUUCCCAUCGGGGCCCUAAGAUCAGAAUGCGUGACAAGGGAAAGCAACAGGCUCCACCACCCAAACAGGCAAGGCCUGGAUCUGGCAGGAAAGAGCGUCAAAGAGGACAGAUGGAAAAGCCCACGCAGCCCAGAAAACAGAAGGCUAAAAUGGCAAAAACGCAUUUCAAGAGCAGGGAUGGGGACCGUUUUGACAGCCUGGUGGAGCAGUAUAAGAAGAAACUGAUGGGUAACAGUGACACCAACAUGAAAAGAAACAAGUGGUUUAAUAGUUGAAUCUGUGUGUAUGUUCACGUUUUUGUGUGUGUGUGUGUGUGUGAGACCCCUGUCAUCCUGAGGUUUUAGAAUAAGUGCAGUGGAAUUUGUUUGUACAGUGCAGUAUAUGAUGCCCACUUCAGUCAUCCUAUUGAAGCUCAUGUCUGUUUUUUAUUCUAUAACCCCCACUGACCAACAUAAGGAUAAUUUUUUCGUUUACACAACUGUUUAUGAAAUAUAUUAAACCCUUGAAUUUGUCUUUUUAUUGUUAUUCUGUACAUUAUUGUAUUAAAUCCAUUUGUUGGAUUUACAGAUGUGUCAGAUUGUUACGUGAGUAGGCAUUACAUUAGUUAAUCAUAAGCCGGUGGCUCUGGAUAAACACUUCCCCCUCAUGGAACCUGAAUGUACAAGGGCAGCAAGAGAUGACAUUAUAGUUUAACCUGGUCUACGUGCCUUUUUCACCUCAUUACGCAACACUGACAAACUUUCAUAUGACAAAGAAAUGUUUUUGUUAAAUAUUUAUUAAUUUGUAGUUUUCAUCCAGAAGUUAUAAAAAAUAGUGUCAACUGUACAAAAAUAUUCAAAGUAUCAUCUGCACAUAUAAAUAGUCAUUUUGGAAGAGCUGAUGAUGUUACACUGAAAUCAAAGUUGCCCUUUGCCCUUCCUGUCCUGUGUAGUUCAUAUACAAACACACCUGUUAUUCUUGGCAAGUUUCAACCUGGUUUUCAGGAAUUUCCAGGGAUGAUAUCACUGCUAGUUUCCUGCACAGCUGAUUCAUCACUGAAUUAAUAUAUAGAUCUGUAAUUUCCACCCAGAGCUCUUUGUUGAUACAACAGUGGUGUAAUAAUACAGCCCUAUAAGCAGGUGAUUUACUUUUGUGUGCAAAGCAUAUAUAAGAUUCCAUAUAAACAUUCCUGCACAACUUACGCUUUUGCUGCAAGCAUCCAGAUGUAAAGUAUUUUGUAACAGUGGGUGCUACAAAAUUCAUAUUCUCUAAAUACAAUAUAUAAAUAAAUACAUGUGUAUAUAAAUAAGUGCAUGUUCAAGAAUAAA